AUGCGCACUCGUCUACAGCACCACAGCAGACGACUGGUUUCGCUGCUGCUGGCGGUAGUGAUCGCAGAGCUCUUGUAUGUGGGCGUGUCAGUGUAUGCGGUGCAAGACAACGGCUCCUCGAUCCCCUCGAAGCUGACGUCCCUCUUCAGUGGUAACCCGCUGGAAAUGCUUUCAGGGCUCGCAGACCCCAAUCGGAAGCUCCCGGGCCUUGUGUCGGGCUCCCGUCAAAGGCUGUCAGAUCGGCUGCUCGCAUACGCGCUUCCGAAUACCCAAGAUUCGCAUGUCAAGCCGACCGCCGACGACCUUGUCAACUUCUACCGAUUUUGGAAGUUCGAUACUGCAAUCCGUUACGUAGUUCCCUGCACUUUGUCGCAAACGUUUUUGGGCCGCCUUCAGGAAUCUGUCGGAUCUCUUCAAGAGUUAUUUCCCAAGUCGAUUGAUCAGGAAUCUCUUGGAUCUGGCCUUCUCGAACGUGGCGAUGAUCUUUCUCACAAAGAUACUACCAACCACGAAUACCCUUUGCGGACUUAUAAUUACGACCCACGCGCCCCCACGACAGUCUACUAUGACGAAUUAAUGCAUCACAUUCGUGAGAACGGUGGUUUACAGUACCGCGUCGACUCAGUCACUGGUCUUAAGUAUCCAUCCUUUCAGAACUUAAGUCUGCCUUUUAGCUGGUACGACUGGACCGAUUCACAGAUACUUAAUGGAUUCAUUGAUAUGCUACAGUCUGAAAAACCACAAUGUAGUGACGUUGUGCGUAAAUUCUACGAUUCUGAAAAACUACUUGAAUAUGAGCGCAAAUUCGGCUAUAAAUUAUUUGAAGAGGACCGCACUAAAGGUUUGGGCGCUUCAAAGUUCAGCAGCAUGUCUGGUCUCGCAGAUAAAGAACCCGCAGUCGAGGUUGAGCGCUAUUGCAUAGAUGAGCUCUCCAACGCUUUACUUCCGGGUUUUAAAUCUAUUGCGCCACUAAAUUUUUCUAGACCUGAGCUUUAUGGACUGCAAGCGCGUGCAACUCUCUUAGAGUCCAUGGAGUCUCCAAAUUCUUUGACGUUUUUGAAUCGGAACGGUUCUUCGAUACAGAUUGACGUGAGCAACGCUGAGGCUCUUGACCCACAGGGCAAACCUCAAAACAUACUGUUCAAUGGACUGUUGGAAAACUAUAUGAAGCGUAACAUGCCUUCGUAUCCAUCAAUACCAAAGGCAGACCACUCGUUCGACAACAUACUGAAAUUCAAAGAACUUAAAACACAAAUUUUCAAUUCACUACACGGGGGGUAUGAUUCAAACGAGGGAACAUCAGCAACAUCCGCAUUAUCCCCUCCUGCGAGCACGGGUGGUCCGAGCUCGGAUGUGGAAAUGCCAUAUUCUAUCGAACUUACAGAAGCGGAUUUUGAAUUUGAUGCCAAACAAAAAUUGCAAGAAUUGCGUGCUCUGACCAAGAGGACGCGGCACCAGCAGAUGUACAUGGAGUCUCUGGAAGGCUCUAUGAACACGCUAACCAUGGAUUUGAAAAAGUAUUUCACGGAAGCCUCGCUUGUUACAGACUACACUCAUAUGGGGCAUCAUUUCGAUUCUAGGUUCUUUAGAGGGGCGGUUCAACAUGGUGACAUGAGAUCUCGGCUGGACGCAAUUGUUCGGGCCUGGCUCAAUUUUGUUCAUUCUAAUGGCCUCAGUUCGUGGCUUUCUCAUGGAACUCUUUAUGGCUGGAUGUACAAUGGGAUGGCUUUCCCCUGGGAUGGUGAUCAUGACAUGCAAAUGCCUAUUGUACACCUCAAUAUGUUAGCAGAGAGGUUCAAUCAAAGCUUAAUAAUAGAGGACCCAGAAACAGGUAACGGUCGUUUUUUCUUGGACGUGGGAAACUCAAUCACAAGUCGUGUUCACGGCAACGGUAACAAUAACAUUGAUGCCAGGUUUAUUGACGUCGACUCUGGUCUUUACGUUGAUAUUACUGGGCUUUCGGUCUCAUCAGAUGGAUCCCACGGGAGGUACAAGCCCUUUGUUGAGGAGGUUUUGAAAAAUAAUCACAGUCAAGCCUUUUUCAAAGAUCCAAAUAUUGUUAAAGGCGUAACGGAUCUCUUACCAAGCGAAGUGCUCGAAGAGGAGCAGAAAAGAGGCAACAUGACGGGUCCACGUCUGAACCACAUUAAUGUGUACGCUAAUUCUGUUAAAGCUGUUCAAAACGGACAUGACAAUGAGUCACCGGAAGAGCGUUACAACAUGAACAAAGCGGCGAAACUUUACAACUGUAGAAACAACCAUUUCAGCCAUCUUUCUGAGCUAUCCCCUCUGAGACUUACUUAUUUUCACGGUGCUAAAGCUUAUGUCCCCAAUAGGGUGGUAGAGUUGCUGAAACAUGAAUAUGGAGUUCCAGCUAACUACUCUUACCUAGAGUUUGGAGGCAGCGCAUUCGUACCAGAAUUCCGCCAGUGGGUUGAUCGUUCUACGUUGCGGACGAUGGCACAAACCCCCAGCUCUCCCAUUCGUGUGUCAGAGAAGGCAGUUAAAGAACUCGACUUCCGUAACACUGUGGCACUCUUUCAAAAUGCUGCGGUUGUAAGUGAUGAAAGCGUUGAAAGCUUUUUCGGCUUCUUGUGGAACAGCUUCCAAGUCACCACUUUCCGUCAGAAAGAGUUAGAACUGAUGUAUGACGAGGACCGGUCACGAGAAGAAAAGCUUCUAUCCUUAGAGGAAUUUGUUCGCGACCGCACCUUCACUGGUGCUUACAAAGAUCCCUUCCAGAAUCGGUUGGAAACCGUGGUUUGGUACAAUCUAUUGGAUAGAAGCUCGAUUUCCUAUGCCCAUUUAAACAAGCUACUCAAAAAGCAAAGCUUGCAAAAUGCUGACCGCCUCCUUGAAUUAAAUGUUCUGUACAAUCAAAAGAACUUCCCCUGGACAAGUGAAGGUGGCUACCAGCACCCACCUAGCCCGGUGGACUACAAUCAUCGGGGAAGCAAGUUUUUUGUUAUGGGGGAGCAUAAUCGUAACGAGAUCUUCAGCUCUGAUCCAAAAACCUCCCUGCCUCCUUCAUCUAAGGGCAGCUAG